AUGCAACAAGAGGCUGUUGAAGUUGCGAUCGAGGCGAUGGACAAAUACCACGUUGAGAAAGACAUCGCCCAGUACAUCAAGAAAGAGUUCGACUCGCGCAAGGGAGCAACAUGGCACUGUGUAGUAGGAAGGAACUUUGGCAGUUUUGUCACGCAUGAGACGAAACACUUCAUCUACUUUUACCUUGGGCACUGCGCCAUUCUGCUCUUCAAGACACAAUAG